UUUUGAUAUAUAUAUAGAUAUACCCAUUAGCUAAUGCGCUAUUCGAGCUACGAGGAACUCGGCACGAACCCAGUAAGUAAAUAAAUUAUUUAGUACUUUGAAGUAUUAAAAGAAGCGGCGACAUUCAAGCUUUCCUGGCAAUCUUGAGUUGCAGGUAGUGUAGGAUAAGCAAUCAAAGAAUAUUCAUAAAGAUCCAGGAGGCGUUCGUAUAAGUACGUUAGUGGUGCACAUAAAAGAACACACAGCAUUGCAUCCUGAGAACCUGAGCCUAUUUGUGCACGAAUCACUAAGACAUUUGAGGGGGAAUCUUAAGGAUGGAGCGAAUCAGGCGAGUCUCAGCACGAAGUCUGCGACGCUUAAGGACACCACCGAGACCGGAUUCACCAUCGCUUUGUACGAAGUACACGCUGUUCUUCAUCAACGUCAUCUUCUUUAUAUUGGGGCUUCUUGUGAUGACUGUCGGAGUAUACAUGGUGAAAGAAUUGAAAAAGGAUUUAAAAGGAGUUCAGGAUUGGUUGAAGUUAGAAAGUACGUUUCAUUGGCCUGUAGUGAUUUUCUUCGUGAUUGGAAUCCUGAUGUUUUUUAUUGGGUUUUUCGGAUGUGUCGGAGCCCUGCGAGAGAAUACUUGCUUUUUGACCGUGUACGGGACUUCUGUGUUCCUUUGUCUGAUUCUGCUUAUCGCCUGUGGAGCAGUUGCGUACACACAAAAAGACAAAGUCCAAGCCUUAAAGGAGAGAUUGAAACAAGAUCUGAAAAAGUACCUAGAUGACCCCUUAAAUCAAGACUUAAUCGACUUCAUGCAAACUCUUCUCAAAUGUUGCGGAGUGGAAUCAUACAAGGACUGGCAAGCGAAUCCUUACUUCAACUGCUCGUCCCCCGGGCGAAUGUCGUGUGGCGUGCCGUUUUCUUGUUGCAAGGAAUCAAUCCAAUUCAAUAGGCAGUGCGGUUACGAUGCGGGGAAAUUAAAAACCGACGCUGAACGGCUGGAGAAUGGCGUGUACUCUGGAGGCUGCUGGCCUUCUAUCAAAGGCAACCUCUACACUGUUAUAGGGAUCACGGGUGCUGUACUUAUUUGUAUUAUCUUCACGAUGUGUAUGGCAUUCUCGUUCCGAGCGCAAAUUCGUGAAGUAAAAAAGUACGCAAGAUUUCAAAGUUAAGACGAGACCAAUGGUGAUGGUCAUUCGAGGAUAUUGAUGGAACUCAAUACUUUGAAUAUCUAUAAUAAUGAUCACGAUGUGACGCGGUAAUGAUUGUACUGAUAAUACUUUUAAGUACUUUAUGAAGCAGGUAUCAUAAGGAAGCGUGGUACAUGUAUGAUAACGUUAGGAAGAACAAUGUCAAUAAUGAUGAUAGAAGUUGUAAUAAAAAAAUUCAACAAUA